AAAAAGAAAAACAGAGAAAAAAGAAGAAAGGGAAAAAGAGAGAGAGAGAGAGAGAGAGAGAGAGAGAGAGAGAGAGAAGAGAAAGAAAUUAGAAAAAAAGAAAUAAAAUAAAAAAGAAGAGAGAGAGAGAGAGAGAGAGAAAGAAAAAGCGUCACAGUAUUAUCGAAGAUAAGAGUGAACGGAAUCGAGAAAAAUAUUGAGAAAAUCAACCAACGGAGACCCGGCUUCCCGUUUCUGGUGGUGCUUCUUUUCUUUUCUUUUUCCAUUUCCUUUGCUCUUUUUUUCUUUCUUUUUCCUUUUUUUUUUUUUCUUUUUUUUUUUAUGUCCCUUGCUCCUUUCUUUUCUGACGGGGUGAUUGGUCGGUUUGGUUGGUUAGUUAGUUUAUCUGGUGCCGAAAAAAUCCUACUACACCUACUUCCUAGGUUUUUUUGUCAAUGACGUACCAGUGCUUGGAGAGGAAGAACACCGGUGGUCGUUGUCGGGAAUUCGAUGCUCUCGCAUGUCGUCGUCCGGCAAAGUGAAAUACAGAUUCGUCAUUUACUUCAUUUUUACUGGCUUAGAGCUGACUAGCAUCGACGAAAGCGUGGACGUCGUCACACCGGAGAUGAAAAUUGAAACGUCCCAGGAUUUGACAUAAAGGAUAGGAUUUCCUUAGAAGGGGAAUGUUGUUCAUUGAAAAUAUGGGAAAUCUUCUGCCGUAGUGGCAGGUGUGAUGUUGGUCACGCAGACUCCCUCCUCGAUGGACAAUCCACCGAAUAUGUUAUCGGUGCUCGAGGGGGAGGCGCAAAACGACGUGGAUGACAUAUUCCCACCGCAUGUCGAUACAACAAACAUCGUAAUACAACCAGAAUCGCCAACAAGUAAGAAGCAACCAUUGAAGACUUUCAAAGAGGUCAAUGCACUUUUACAAACAGGCAGGAAGAGGGAAGUAAAGUUAAUAAUUAGGGAGAAUGCUUGGCCUUUAAACAAUGGUAUUAGGGCACAACUUUGGCCGGCUCUUUGCAAUCAGUAUGCGCAUGGAAAGAAUAUGCUUGAUGGAUUUUAUUGGGACAUGGUGAAUCAAGUCUUUGGAACUACAGAGUUACCUGAAAAAUCAAUCAUGUUGCCGCCAUUCGUCGAUAGCACGCAUUGUCUAUCGUAUAAUUUAACGAGAAAAGGUAGAAGCGUCGCUGAUAGAGUUGUUUCUGUUCUUGGAUACGCUUGUCCUGAUAUUACUUAUAGUCCAUCGUUGUAUCCUAUUACUGCCCUUCUAUUACACUUUAUGCCAGAAGAAGAAUGUUAUCACUGUAUGGCCAGUUUAGUAGCUGUAAAAGAAAAAAUGUUUAUUACACAAACGAAACUUCUCUAUGAAGUUACAUGGAAAACUGUAGAGCAAAUAACUAAGAAACAUGUGAAAUCAGCAGCAGUACAUUUAACAAGGCAUUGUUCUGUCUCAAGAGCAGAAAGGAUUUAUAUGGAUUGGAUUUGGUGGAUCCUUCAACUUCUUCCAUUUCAACAUCUUGUUAGAGUAAUAGAUUGCUUUUUACACGAGGGCAUUAAGGUUUUUUAUCGAGUAGCUAUGGCAAUUGUUUUGCUAUUCUACAAAUAUUCGUCGUCACAAAAUUCAGAAUGGAUGGUUGAAAUAACUAAAAAUGGUGUGGAUGCUGCACUAUCAAAGUUUUGCAGACAGAUACCUGUAACACCAGCAAAAUUUUUACGAACUGCAUUUGGAAUUCGUGGACUUAGUUCGGCAUACAUAUCACGAGUAUUUCUGCGUACAGAAAUGGCUUUGAAAAGUAAAAGCUUAAUAACUGGGUCCAAAUCAUUAACAAGAUCUCGAUCAACGGAUAAUCUACCUACAAGUCAAUCUCAAGUCAACAUCCAAAUGAUGUCACAUACAUUGACAAUAAGAGAAAAAGAGUGCGAAGACACGUACAAAGACAGGGGUGCUCACAGUCCUGGACCCAGAGCUCUCUCAAUGGGUGUUUAUCCCAUACAAAACAUAUGCUCCCAGAUUCUUGACAUGCCUGAUUUAUUCACCUUGUGGUCAUGGCUACCCAUGAGAAUAACCAUGUACCAACCAAUUUUGCUGUACACUACAGAAGAACACGGAUGUUCUUUGACAACAUUUUAUGUACGCGUUGAACAACAUGAACCAACCCUUUUAAUGAUAAAGACAUGUAACAACGAGGUUUUUGGAGCUUAUUGCUCUACAAGAUGGUGCGAACGUAAUUUAAAGGAUGAUAAAGGUCAAAGACAGGCGUAUUUUGGUACAGGAGAAACAUUCCUGUUUAGUUUGUAUCCAGAAAGAGCCAAAUAUCCAUGGGUAGGUAUGGAUUCUUCACACAAUGAUUCUAGAGUACAUCAUUCAGCUGAAUUAUUUAUGGCGGCUGAUUCAAAAAUGAUAACAAUUGGUGGAGGAGACGGCCAAGCAAUUUGGAUGGAUGAAAAUAUAAGAUACGGCAAAACCGAUCGGUGCUCAACAUUUAAUAAUCCACCAUUGUGUGCUAGCGGUGAUUUUGAAAUCAGGGUACUCGAGGUAUAUGGCUUUGCCGGUGCUUGAAAACAAAAGGAGCAGGGGGAAAGAAACAACAACAAUAAUAAUAACAACAACAACAACAACAACAACAACAGCAAGAAAACAGAGAACCAAUUGCCAUAUAUUGAUUUCUUUUAUUUGUUACUGCCACUAUGCGACUCUCUUUAUAUGUAUGAGUGCGUACGUAUACUCUCAUACACAUGUUGGCUUAUAUAUAUAUAUAUACAUAUAGAUUAAUGUAUAUAUAUAUAUAUACAUUAUAGAUUAUGGCUUCGACUCAUCAUCUUACAUGUGUAAACGUCUUAUGUCCAUAAUAAGAUGAUAACAAUGUUGAUAUAUCUUCUUGGUCACGUACAUGUAGGAAAUAUUUAAAACUUUAAGAGAUACGUCUAUACAUAUGAAUGUUUUGUCGCAGCGAGUUAAUCAAAAAUUCUAAAAAAUGAAAAGGGGGAAAAAAAAAGAGAGAAAAAGAAGAAAAGA